AAGCCCCGCCCCCAGGUCCCGGCCCCGCCCCCCGCCGUGGCAAGAUGGGCGACAACACCAGCCCCAUCAGCGUGAUUCUGGUGAGCUCGGGCAGCAGGGGCAAUAAACUGCUGUUCAGGUACCCCUUCCAGAGGAGCCAGGAGCACCCCGCGUCCCAGACAAAUAAGCCUCGUAGCAGAUAUGCCGUCAACAACACUGGAGACCACGCUGAUGACCAGGACGGUGAUUCCAGCGAGCCAUGUCCUCCAACCGAUGAGCGAUUGGUUGCAGGGUUUUCAGAUGUCAUUCUGGCAACAAUUUUGGCAACCAAGUCUGAAAUGUGUGGCCAAAAAUUUGAACUGAAGAUUGAUAACGUACGGUUUGUUGGGCACCCAACACUGCUGCAGCAUGCUUUGGGGCAGGUUUCAAAAACAGAUCCAUCUCCGAAGAGGGAAGCUCCCACCAUGAUUCUCUUUAAUGUGGUGUUUGCACUGAGGGCCAAUGCGGACCCGUCAGUGAUAAACUGUCUGCACAACCUUUCCCGACGCAUUGCCACAGUGCUGCAGCAUGAGGAACGCCGCUGCCAGUACCUCACCAGAGAGGCCAAGCUGAUCCUGGCGCUGCAGGACGAGGUGUCCGCGGUGGCUGAUGCAAAUGAUGGUCCUCAGUCCCCAUUUCAUCACAUUCUGCCCAAGUGCAAGCUGGCCAGGGACCUCAAGGAAGCUUAUGACAGCCUGUGUACGUCCGGCGUGGUACGACUCCACAUCAACAGCUGGCUGGAGGUGAGCUUCUGCUUGCCCCACAAGAUCCACUACGCUGCUUCCAGCCUCAUCCCCCCCGAGGCCAUCGAGCGGAGCCUGAAAGCCAUCCGCCCGUACCAUGCUCUGCUGCUGCUCAGCGAUGAGAAGUCCCUGCUGGCUGAGCUCCCGCUUGACUGCUCUCCGGCCCUGGUGCGUGUGAUCAAGACCACCUCUGCUGUGAAGAACCUGCAGCAGCUGGCCCAGGAUGCAGACCUGGCCUUGCUGCAGGUUUUCCAGCUGGCGGCCCACCUGGUGUACUGGGGCAAGGCCAUCAUCAUCUACCCGCUGUGCGAGAACAACGUCUACAUGCUUUCCCCCAAUGCCAGCGUGUGUCUGUACUCCCCGCUGGCUGAACAGUUUUCCCGUCAGUUUCCGGCUCACGACCUGCCGUCUGUCCUCGCUAAGUUCUCCUUGCCAGUUUCCUUGUCAGAAUUCAGGAACCCCCUCGCCCCCCCUGUGCAGGAGACCCAGCUCAUUCAGAUGGUGGUGUGGAUGUUGCAGCACAGACUCCUCGUCCAGCUGCACACCUACGUGUGCCUGAUGGCCUCGCCCAGUGAGGAGGAUCCCCACCCUCGAGAGGACGACGUUCCCUUCACCGCCCGGGUUGGCGGCCGCAGCCUCAGCACACCCAAUGCCCUCAGCUUUGGUUCCCCAACCAGCAGUGACGACAUGACCCUCACCAGCCCCAGUAUGGAUAACUCCAGCGCAGAGCUGCUGCCCAGUGGGGACUCGCCGCUCAACAAGAGGAUGACGGAGAACCUGCUGGCCAGCCUGUCGGAGCACGAGCGGGCGGCCAUCCUCAGCGUGCCUGCGGCCCAGAACCCUGAGGACCUCCGCAUGUUUGCCAGGCUCCUGCACUACUUCCGCGGCCGCCACCACCUGGAGGAGAUCAUGUACAACGAGAACACUCGGCGCUCCCAGCUGCUGAUGCUGUUUGACAAGUUCCGCAGUGUGCUGGUGGUGACCACCCACGAGGACCCGGUCAUCGCCAUCUUCCAGGCGCUGCUUCCGUGAGGCCAGGCCACGUCCUUGGGAGCCCGAGCAGUGUCCAGCAGCAGCCGGGGCUGCGGCGCCCACGCUGGGGCAGCCUCAGGGCCUGAACUGAGGGAUGGACAGAGUGGCCAGGACUCCGGCCUGGAGGAGAGGCCUGCUGGCUUCUCAGACUCGGGCCACCUCCUCCCAACCCACCCUCCCCACGGCCACCCGAGGGGAUCCACAGAAACGUGUCAUCACCACCCCUGCCUGAGCCGAGCGCGGGUGGGUGCCUGGCCUGUGCCCUGAGGCCCAGCACUGCCCUGGCCUGCGUGCACUCUGCUCCUCCCAGCAUGUCCAGUGCCCUUCCCCGUUAGCUGGCAGGAGGCUUGCGACUGAGCCAUCACCCAGCCACUCUGACACCUGACACACGAGGGCCUGGGUGAGUCCGCAUGGGUGCCCCCCACCCUCCCUCCCAGGCCUGAGGAGCAACGCGUCCCACCUGCACACACAGGCCCCCAGCAUCCCGUCUGGGGGGAGGGCGGGCCCCAAGCACACGUUGGCCGCUGAGUGGGCUGCUGAGGAGAUACAAGCAAUACCGUGUUCUAGACAUAAAGUGUUUAUUUGGUUGUUAAAAAAUUAAAAAGCCUGGAUGGAG